GCAAACAUUUUGAUUUGUGGUUGUGGUCAGCCUAUAGGUACCUAAGAAUUAUUUUAUUUUCAUUCUUAGGUAUUUUAUAAAUUAUCCAUAACAAAAAAUAGAUGUUUUCGUACAUCACAAAAGAGAAAACAGCAUAAACCACCAUGUCAAAUGUAUCAAAGAGGAGAAAGGAGGGAUCAAGAGCCAAAAUAAAGUCUAUGGGAGACCACAAGGAAUUUCUAAAGAGGAUAUCAAAAACGCUAUACUAUGGACAACUACCUACUUUGCCCUGUCUGAGCCUGCCUGUUACUGAGAUAUCGUGCGAGCUGUGGUCGGUGCCGCAGCGCGGGCGCUCGCUGCGCCGCCUGCACGCGGACGCGGCGGCCGACAUCGCGCGCUCGGCCUGCGUGUCGCCCUGCGCGCUCGUGCUCGCCAUACUCUACCUCGAGCGUCUCAAACGCUGCAACCCCGACUACCUCUCUGCCGCUGCACCCGCUGAUCUCUUUCUCGUCUCCUUGAUGGUGAGCAAUAAGUUUCUGCAAGACGACGGCGAAGACGACGAAGUUAUAUGUUCCGAGUGGGCGGUGUCGGGUGGCCUCGAGCUGGACCAGCUCAAAAAGCUCGAAGUGGAAUUCCUUAAUGCUAUUGAUUGGAAUGUGUUUGUAAGCGAGAAAUCAUUCGAGGAUGGUCUACUGUGGCUAGAGCGGCAGGUGGCACUUCGACAGGCUCAGCUUCGCGGUUUCUUCACAUACUCUGACCUGGCGGUGGCGUGCAGUACGUCGCUGCUGAGCGAGUUGGCGCAGAGCGUGUCGACCGCCUGCCUAGGCGUCACGCUGAGCUACGUCAGCAGUCUGCUCACCCUCGUCACGUCAACCCUCGUCAUAUCGCACACGUGGUUGCCAGCGAUGCAGACCCUGGCCGCUAGAGGCUCGUCGGUGGCCCUCGACGCGAAUCUCGAUCACAGCUAUCGAUCGGAUCUUGAAUCGCGACUCUCCAACGCCACUGUCGAUCUACAUACUUACGGCCUUCCAGACGAAUCGACGACGGCAUAUAGUCUCCGAUGCUGCGAUGAGUGGUAUAAGUACCAGAAAGAGAGCUCCCCUAAAAAGACAUGGUACGAUGGUGUCGUAGCUUACGACUGGAAAUCUUUCGAAACAUGGUGGUCGAAGACGUCCGUGCUAAAUUGGCUCUACCAGAGCUCAUUAAUUAACCCUAUGCAGAGAUGGUUGGAAAAGAUAAACCAAUUUGUCGAUUUUUUGAAAAAAGAAAUGGACUACGAUAAAUCUUAUACAAGUUCAGGUCGAUGCAAUACCGACGGUAAGAUCAGCGAGGCGCGGUGUGUUAGCCAAUGGCUCAAUCUGAGUAAGCUGAGUGUAUUCGUAGCUUCCAUGUCCGAUCGAUAAGUUUUAUACAAUACGAAGGAGUGUUUCAUAUCAGCGACGAUGCGGCGAUAUUUCCAAAUAAAAAUGUUAUUUAUUAAAAAGCUCAAUAAAAAAAGCAAUGUUGUUACAUCACCUACAGUUACGAGGUAUUCAGUCAUUAAUGUUAUACACCUUCCUAGAACAUUAACUAGAAUUUAGUUAAAAAUUACAAAACGAGACAUAGUUUUUACAUUUGGAACUUAGUAUGUGAAACCUUACAACUGAUCUAUUGAUGUAACAAAAAAGAACAAAAAAAAAUACUGUAUA